CCACCAGUCGGGUGUGCCCCACCAUAUAUUGCACGAUGAGCUUUCAGAUUGGACUCGCAGAUCUAUGCAUAAUUAAAGACUUGUCAAAUCAUCUCCAUCUCUCCAAAGUUCUGAGAGACCUUGCACGAUUUCAUCACCGGUUCCGCUGAUCACCCGUCGAGCUUUUGAGAAGAUGCAACAUGAUGGCUACGGAGAAUUCGGGGUCGCGGACAUUGUCGCCGCCACCAUCGUGGGACUGGCGGCCACCUAUGCCAGUCGACGGCGUCGGAGGCCAAGCAGCUCUAAGCCGGCGAAGGAUCACGACGACGUUGUCCCCCGAUUGGACAGGACCCAAUCAGGCCACCUCGCGAAGCUCGAGCGCUUCUCCAACUACGUCGCUAGGCAAAUGGGGUUUAAAGACGAGAGCGAGUGUCCACAGCUAAGCAAGCUGGCGAUCGAGUACUUGAAGAGGAGCAAAGGGUGUGAAGAGAACAUAUACGAGUUCUUCGCUAGCGAAGAAGAUGCAGAGUCGCUGCGCGAGAAGCUUGUGGAAGAGCUCGAGAGAAGCAUCCUCAGCUACUUCGCAUUCCAUUGGAGCCAAGCUUCUUCCAUGAUCAAUCAGGUGUUGAGUACUGAGACUGAGGAGAAAGCGAAGUUCAAGGGCUUCGUGUUGGCAGCAACAAGGAAACAGAGAUUUGAGAGGGUGACCGAGGACUUGAAGGUAACGAGGGUUUUCUCUACUUUAGUAAAUGAGAUGAAGGUGAUCGGCGGGUCUGUACACAAAGGCGACGAGUGCGUCGACGUGAUGGUCCCGGUGGCUCUCAGUGAGAGAAGCCCGGUCCUCUUGUUCAUGGGUGGAGGCAUGGGAGCAGGGAAGAGCACCGUCCUUAAAGACAUCCUUAAACAACCAUUUUGGGCCGAAGCAGCGGCAAAUGCGGUGGUUGUGGAGGCCGACGCAUUCAAGGAGACAGAUGUUAUAUAUAAGGCCCUCAAUUCAAAGGGUCGUCAUGGCGACAUGCUCCAAACUGCUGAAUUGGUUCACCAGUCAUCAACCGAUGCUGCAUCUUCAGUUCUGGUGACCGCACUCAAUGAAGGAAGAGACGUGAUCAUGGAUGGCACACUUGCGUGGGAGCCGUUUGUGAAUCAGACGAUCGAGAUGGUUCGUAAUGUCCACAAGUCUCGUUACCGAAUGGGGGUCGGAUACAAGGUCGCCAGCGAUGGCACCAUCACCGAGAACUAUUGGGAGCGAAUUCCGGAUGGUGAAGAAGGGGAAGAAGAAGGAGAACAUGGUAAUGAUCUCAAUAGGAAGCCGUACAGAAUCGAGCUUGUUGGGGUUGUAUGUGAUGCUUAUCUUGCUGUCAUCAGAGGCAUUAGAAGAGCCAUAAUCACGGGUAGAGCUGUGAGAGUGAACUCCCAGCUGAAGUCCCACAAGAGAUUCGCAGAAGCAUUUCCAAGGUAUUGCCAGCUCGUUGACAACGCCAGGCUCUAUUGUACCAAUGCUACGGGUGGCUCACCUUCGUUGAUGGCAUGGAAAGAUGGGGGAAACAAAUUACUUGUUGAUCCAGAAGAGAUCAAGUGGCUGACUGCAUUGAGCAAAUUGAACCCGGACGCCGAAUCCAUAUAUGAACUUUACCCGGAUCCGAGCCCGAUCUACGAACCUGGUUCGGUUUGGAACGGUGUUCUUCUAUCACCAUCAAGGGCAAGUCUCCUUUCCGAGUUGAUGGCCGUCGUUAAGAAGGUCGAAGACCAAAAGAGGUGAAGUCUCGGUCUCGUGAGUCAGCUGGCCAAUCCCCCUCUAAUCGAAUGGCUGGCUUAUGUCGAACGCUUGUGCUUUUGCUUUUCUCAUCUCUUGUUUGUACAUUGAUUUGAUAUUUGUGUAUUUGACAUGCGGAGAGGAAAGCCCCAUAUCUUGUUAUCGGCUCA